GGGGAAGACACGCCCACCAGGCCCGGGAGGGGGCACUGUGGCUGGGGGCGUGGCCAAGCGUCUUCUUUACCUUCUGGGAGGGAGAAGCUAUGGGCUGAGCUUCUGAAACAGCAGCCAUGGCUCCACCCUGGGUGCCUGCCGUGGGCCUCACGCUCGUGCCCAGCCUGGGGGGCUUCGUGGGCGCCUACUUUGUCCGCGGCGAGAGCCUCCGCUGGUAUGCCACCCUGCAGAAGCCCUCGUGGCACCCGCCGCGCUGGGCGCUGGCUCCCAUCUGGGGCACGCUGUACUCGGCCAUGGGGUAUGGAUCCUACAUGGUCUGGAAGGAGCUGGGGGGCUUCACAGAGGAGGCCGUGGCUCCCUUGGGCUUCUAUGCUGGGCAGCUGGCCCUGAACUGGGCGUGGCCCCCCAUCUUCUUUGGCGCCCGGCAGAUGGGUUGGGCCCUGGUGGACCUCCUGCUCGUCAGCGGGGGAGCAACGGUCACGGCUGUGGCCUGGCACCGCGUGAGCCCGCCGGCUGCCCGCCUGCUGUACCCGUACCUGGCCUGGCUGGCCUUUGCGACGCUGCUCAACUACCGUGUGUGGCAGGAUAACCGCGGCCGCCGUGGUGGCCGGCAGAGCCAGGAGUGAGAGGCCCCGGCCUGCUGAGGACUGUGGCCGGGGCCAGGCAGGUGCCGUGGUGGCGGUGGCCCCCGGGCCUGAUGGGGACGCGGCCUGGGCUCAGCAGCGGUGGAGAGGUGGCCCAGGCUGAGCCCCGCGGAGGAGUGGUGUCCUAUCCUUCCAUGUCGCUCGGAGCCAGCUCUUGGGUACUGUUUUUUACAGCUGAAUAAAACCCCAACCUCCCGUA